AUGGGAAGACUUAUCAAAAAUCACUGGGCGCGACUUAUCAUCCUCACAGCCUCAGCUUACCAAAUUGGCGGGGCAAUCGAAGGAUUUAUCUGGCCGAAGGUAUUCUGGGACUUUAUGACGCUCAAUCUGAACGGCGCUGUGAAUCCGGUCCCUAUUCUUCAGAUUCUCAACCUCCUCUUGGGUCUACUCGGACUUGCAUGGGAAUGGCCUUUGAAAUACGUCGCCGGCUCCCUCGCGCACCGCAGCAUCGAAUUCCGAUUGAUCUUCUAUCCCCUCAGCGCUCUCCUCUCCAUGCUCCUCUACCAGGGAACGGACCCUGCUCUAUACUAUGUUAUUGGAAUCGGGGUGUAUUUCUGGGCCUACAGUGAGGGCGAGGUCGUUUGCCCUGUACCAUGGACCCUCCCCAAACGAAGCGAAUACAAGCUUUCUCAGCACCAGUCGUCCACCCGCCAGCCAGCGAACAGCAUGCCCCUAGUCGAAGACAGUCCUCGCGAGGACAACAACACCCAAAUACCCCCUACAGCCCUCAACCACGACAAUGAAGCUUAUGAUGAAGAACACGACGACGAUAACGACGUUCCCGUGAACAAAAAGACCAGCUUCAACGGUCGUCUCAACCACUACUUCCACACCGCGAAGCCUACGUCCUCAGCGCCACCGGCACUCUCAAUUACAAAACAACCCAUUACCAGGAUGACUUCAUCUCCUCUAAAACGCAAACGAACCACACCACCAACAACAACAUCAACACGAAUAACCCGCUCCCGCUCCCGCUCCUCCACCUCAACCCCAACCAGCAGCACUACCACCACCACCACCAAAUCCUCUUCCCGCUCACGCAAACCCUCCACACCACCCACCACCCCAUCAUCAACAUCCACCUCCCUCCUCACCGACACCAUCCCACCAAACCUAACCCUCCUCCUCGUAGGCGUAAACCCUGGAAUCCUAACCGGCAUAACAGGCUACGCCUACGCGCACCCCAGCAACCUCUUCUGGAAACUCCUCCACUGGUCGGGGAUCACACCCAUCCGACACCCGCCCUCAGAUACAUACAAACUCCCGGAGUUAUAUAACAUCGGGAACACGAAUAUCGUGGAACGUCCUACGCGGGACGCGAGCAUGCUGAGCAAGAAGGAGAUGGAUGCGGGUGUGCCGGUGUUGGAGGCGAAGGUGAGGGAGAAGAGGCCUGAGGCGGUGUGUCUUGUCGGAAAGAGUAUUUGGGAGGCGGUUUGGAGGGUUAAGGUGGGCCGGGGGAUUAGGAAGGAGGAGUUUAGGUAUGGGUGGCAGGAUGAGGGGAUGAAUUUGGGGAGAGUGGGUGGUGAUGAUGGGGGGUGGGAGGGGGCGAGGGUCUUUGUGGCUACGACGACGAGUGGGUUGGCGGCGGGGAUGUCGGUUAUGGAGAAGAGGGAGGUUUGGGAUGAGUUGGGGAGGUGGGUUGUUGAGAGGAGGAAAGUUUGGGAGGGGAAGAGGGAGGGGGAGGGGGAGAAGGGUGGUGGUGUGAAAAUAGAAUAG